CUUUCAUUUGUUAUGUAGGCUGCAUUUCUCAACUUGGAAGAGUUGACUAUCACCCACUUGAAAAACUUGGAGAUUAUAUCGCAGAGCAAAAUACAUGUAGAUUCCUUUUCCAAACUGAAGUGAUUAACAGUUGAAAACUAUGAAAAGUUAUUGACUGUUUUUCCUUCUAUUGAGGUUGCAUUUUUCAACUUGGAAGAGUUAAGUAUCACCCACUUGAAAAACUUGAAGAUGAUAUGGCAGAGCAAAGUACAUGCAGAUUCCUUUUCCAAACUGAAGUCAUUAACAGUUGAAAACUAUGAAAAGUUGUUGACUGUUUUUCCUUCUACUGAGGCUGCAUUUCUCAACUUGGAAGAGUUGACUAUCACCCACUUGAAAAACUUGGAGAUGAUAUGGUAGAGCAAAGUACAUGCAGAUUCCUUUUCCAAACUGGAAUCAUUAAUAGUUGAAAACUGUGAAAAGUUAUUGACUGUUUUUCCUUAUACUAAGGCUGCAUUUCUCAACUUGGAACGGUUGACUAUCACGCACUUGAAUAACUUGGAGAUGAUAUGGUAGAGCAAAGUACAUGUAGAUUCCUUUUCCAAACUGAAAUCAUUAACAGUUGAAAACUAUGAAAAGUUAUUGACUGUUUUUCCUUCUACUGAGGUAAUAUGUUCUUCAUUUCACUUUUGUUUUGGUUUUAAUUUUAGGGGCUAAUAAUUGUCCUUAUCAUUU